AUGAAUCAUUUGCCCACCCUCGAAGUACCAGUACGUGGGCGACUUCUGUUGUUAUACUUAGCAUCAAAUUCCCAGGCAAUAGGAGCUUUGCUGGCACAGGAAGACAACCAGGGGAAUAAGCAGCCUAUUUACUAUGUAAGCAGGACACUCAAGUAUAUCGAGACCAGGUACCCCAUAAUAGAGAAAGCCUGCCUAGUAAUCAUCUACGCGUCCCAAAGGCUAAAAAGGUACUUCUCAACUCAUCAAAUCCUUUUGGUGACCAAGUCCCACCCCAUAAAGGCACUCCUACACCAGCCCCUUCUCACGGGAAGAAUAGCACAAUGGCUAGUCUUGCUCUCUCAAUAUGAUAUAGGCAUCAGAACUCCCAAAACUGUCAAAAGUCAGGCCAUAGCAGAUCUGCUGGCUCAAUUCCCGGGAAAGGAGGAAGGCCCACUAAGUGAAGAAAUCCCUGGUGAGGUGGCAGUAACAGAGAUCCCAGGAAAGAAAUGGACCAUGAAGUUUGACAGGUCAGCUACGACAACUUCAAAUGGGGUAGGAAUCGUACUAAGCUGUGAAAAUGGGGACACCAUACCCUUGUCUUUCAAGCAUGGUUUCUUGUGCUCUAAUAACGCAGCAGAAUAUGAGGCGUACUUAACCGGGCUGACUAUAGCACUCAGUAUAGGAGUAAAGCAUAUGAGAGUGUUGGGAGAUUCCAAUCUUGUAGUUUCCCAAGUGAAAGAUUGGCGAGUUCCAUUCAUAGAAUACCUGGCUAAGGGGAUCCUGCCAACUGACAGGACACUAGCCCACCAACUCAAGAAACUAGCGGAUAGGUAUUUCCUGCAAAACGACAUCUUAUUCAAACAAGGAUACAAUGAGGAUCCCCUAAGGUGCCUAGGACCAAAAGAAGCUAGAGAAGUAGUCAGGGAAGUUCAAUCUAGUGAUUGUGAGAGUCACCCGGGGAAAAGAAGGCUGUACAAGCAAUUAUUGUUGUUAGGAUACUACUGGCCAACAAUGAAAAGUGACUCUGAGGAGCUAGUCAAAACAUACUACGCCUGCCAAGUCCUGGGAGAUGCAAUUCACACUCACCUAAAUGUUCUACAGGAUAUGAUGACACUAUGGCCUUUUCACACUUGGGGGCUUGAUCUCACAGGGCCUAUAAGCCCUCCAUCCAAUGGUUACAUAUGGAUCUUGGUAGCCACCAAGUACUUUACAAAAUAG